AUGGCCUCUUCAUCAUCCUCAGGACCCUCCGUCCCUGUAGUAUUCACCACACAAACACCAUACCCUCUACCAACCCAAAAAUUUAUGAUUCCAGCGACAUGGAGGCGGUUCCAUCUUUCCCAGCUGAUAAACAAGGCCCUAUCUUUAUCUAUUCCAGUACCGUUUGACUUUUUGGUCAAAAAGGAGGUCCUUGCCAGUAGUCUGGGAGAAUGGUGUGCAGAGAAUGGCGUUGCCGAGGAAGAAACGUUAGAGAUAGAAUACAUUGAAUCUCUUCUUCCCCCCGAAAAAAUGUCCGACCUGCCUCAUGAAGACUGGGUUUCGUCGGUUUCAUGUGAACUUCAAGGAUACUUCCUCACUGGCUCUUAUGACGGCGCAGUUCGUGCAUUCGACUACUCACAAAAGCUGGAUACGGCUUGUCCCAUCCACUCUGCGCCUAUAUCUUCUAUAUGUGUGGUUCCUGUGAAUGAGGACGACGGUUCACACCUUGUAGCAAGCGCCUCGCACGACUUGACCGCUCAGUUGACGCGAAUUACAUUGGGUGCUGAAACAUCGCGUUCACAGUUACUCGCGACUCUGCAUCUUCACACGUCACCACUGGCAUCGAUCGCGUCGAAUAGCACAGGCUCACACCUACUGACCGCCUCUUGGGAUGGUCUCGUCGGCCUUUGGGAUACCAAAAUACCCACCAGCGACGAAGUACCAGAGGAAACUAUCGAUCACGAACGAAAGAAGAGGAGAAAACUCGACGCCACGGCCAAACCCAAGCGCAAAGCCCCUCAGGCCGUCCUGAAAUCGCACACUUUGCGAGUAUCUCGAGCUUUGUUCAGCGACAAUGAUAGCAAAACGGCGUACAGCUGUGGAUUCGAUUCCACAGUUCGGAUAUGGGACAUCGAAAAUGAAAUCUGUACCCAGACUAUAACUGCUUCUGAAAAACCAUUUUUGGAUAUGAUCAUCACGUCGGAUGGCAACACGGCCCUCGCAGCCUCUACUGAUCGUACCGUUUCACUGUACGAUUUGCGCGCCGGCGUCGUUUCUAACACCUUGUCAUUUUUGCACCCCGCAACGCCAUCAUGCGUGGCCAAGGCAUCGUCGUCGCUCCACCAGAUCGUCAGCGGUGCCUAUGACGGCGUUGUUCGGAUGUGGGACCUACGGAGCACCAAGGAUGCGCUGACGAGCUUCAAGGCCUGGGAAGGGAAGAAAAAGGUGCUCGGUGUCGAUUGGAAGAGAGGCCUCGUUGGUGUCGGCGGUGAAGGCGGAUUAGAGGUAUGGAAAGCGGGAGAAGACGGCAGUAAAUCAGGAUAG